AUGAGACACUUCUCCACCUAUCCCAGAUUCGAUUUUGGAUCUAUACGUGAGCCCAACGAUGCCGUCGCUCUAUUUCGGAAGAUGAUGAGAACGGAGCCGCUUCCUUCUGUUAAGCUUUUCUCGAAAUUGCUGAGUGCUGUGGUGAAGCUGAAACAAUACUCUGCUGCACUUCAUCUGUUCGACAAAAUGCUUCAAAGGGAUGCUCCCAUAAAUCACUACACCUUGAGUAUUGUGAUUGAUUGCUAUUGCCGACUCAAAAGGCCUGAUUUUGGGUUUGCGAUCUUAGGCAGUUUUUUCAAGCGUGGGUACGAGCCUACUGUGGUGACCUUUACCAUUCUCAUCAAAGGGUUACUGUUGGUUGGAAGGAUCCCAGAGGCAGCUAAAGUGUUGUGGAAGCUGUCGGUCUACCGAUUAUGCGAGCCCGAUGAACAGACGUAUAGUACUAUGAUUAAUGGGAUAUGCAAAGCUGUAGGUACUCUCAAAGCGCUGGAAUUGCUCUGCGUAUUGGAAAAAGAAAAGGGAAUCUGCAAACCCGAUGUCUAUUCUUACAGUGCACUCAUUGAUGGUCUAUGCAAGGAAGGAAAGGUGGACGAUGCUCUCCAACUCUUCUCCUCUUUGGGUGAUAAGGGGAUUUCACCCGAUGUUGUGACAUAUAGUUCAAUAAUUGAGGGGUUAGGCAAUAGGAGAAGAAUGGACGAGGCCCAAGACAUUUUGAAGAAGAUGAUUGCUGAUAAGGUCUGUCCGAAUGUGGUGACAUGUAAUAUCUUUGUGACUGCUUGGUGCAAAGAUGGAAAGGUGCAAGAGGCCGAGCAUAUGUUGGUAUCUAUGAAGGAGAUUGAUGUACAACCUGACAUUUUCAUUUACGCUACAUUGAUAAAUGGGUAUUGUAUGGAAGGAAAAAUGGACGAAGCCAGACGCAUUUUCCGAUUGGCAGUAAAUUCCGGAAUCAAGCCCAAUAUCAAUUGCUACAAUAGCUUGAUGAACGGGUAUUGCAAAAAGGGCCAAGUCGAUGAAGUUUUACGACUUUUUACCAUAAUUCCCUACCAAAGGUUAGAGCGCAAUGUGAUUUCUUAUAGCAUAAUGCUAGAAGCCUUAUUUCGUGAAGGCAAAUGUGAAGACGGCUUAAAGCUAUUCAAAGAGAUGGAAGCUCAACAAGUGUCUCCUAAUAUAUGGACUUACAAUGUUCUCAUUGAGGGAUUGUGCAUUAAUAAUAAAGUUAGACAAGCUAAGGAUCUUUUCGACGAGCUUCCAUCCAAAGGUAUGCAGCCCAACGUCAUAACAUAUACUAUUCUGAUUGAUUCAUUUUGCAAAGAAGGGCAGAUGGAGGAGGCUAAGGAUCUUUUCGACGAGCUUCCAUCCAAAGGUAUGCAGCCCAGUGUCGUAACAUAUACAAUCCUUAUCGGUGCACUUUGUGAAGAAGGACAGAUAGAGGAGGCUAAGGAUUUGAUGAUGCUAAUGGUAAACAACGGUUGCGUGCCUAAUAGUGUGACGUACAAUGUUUUUGUUCAAGGUCUUCUCAAAAGGAACAAGGCUAUGAGGGUUACACCCUAG